CCUUUGUCUUUAUUGGUUAUCACUUGGUCCAUAGAUGAAGGUGAGCUGUGAGAAGAUGGAGAUCCAUGGACAGAAGACUGCAGUCAGUUUCAUCCUCAGAACAACGAGGAGACGAAGCACAAAGACAAGAUACACAAGAACCAGCAGUGGAUGAGAAUGAAUGAAUGAAUGAAUGAAGUGUUGGAUCCCAGUCGUGGAUAAAACAAGUUCUCAACUUCAACGUUUUCCUGAAGGAUGAACAUCUUUACAAAUUGUCAGAAUUGAGAGUAAUGGGAUCAUGUAUCUAAAAGUUCUUGUUGAGUUCUGCGUAAAGCUGCUCAGAAAUGAGCGUCUCGAUGAUUUCACUUCGUCCAGUGGCUGUGAAAUGGCAGCGCUCGUCUUCCUGUUCUUCUUCCAUCUGAUUCUGGACAUUCGCUCUCAAAAUGUUCCUCAGCUGCUCGUGUCUCCUGAAGUUCUCACAGAGAGAGGAUCAGUGGAGCUUCACUGUUCUGUUCCAUACAAUGUUAAAGUGUCUCGGUGUUCUUUCUACCCAGAGGGAGACGACACAAAUAUUAAACCCUCUCCAUCUCCAUCAUGUCGGCUCUCAGUCACUGGUUCUGAUCUGAUCAGGUGGACAGGACGCAGCUCUCCUGGAACACUUCGGAUUAUUUGUUUCUAUGUGUUGGAUAACUCUGUUCGUUCUCCUUCUCCUCACUCUCGCCCAGCUCCAGUCACAGUGCUGAAUCAGAAACCAGUGCUAAGCGUCGUUUAUGAUAAUCAGUUUGAUGAAUUCAGAUUUUCAUGUGAAAUCCCAGGGUCAGAGUCAGUAACUACUGAUUUUAGCUGUAAUCUCUACACUGGAGAAAAAACUCCGCUUUUCCAAAACCAAAGAUCUCAAAAGAGUAAAUCUGGGAAGGUUUGUAUUUUUCCAGCACAGAGAAAUGCUGUGUUUAAUCGUCUGCAGUCAGUAAAGAGUCGUGAAGUGAGCUGUGAUUAUUCAGUGACCUCUGACCCGACUGCUCGCUCUCCGAUGAGUGAGAAAUACAACACGAUGCGUUUCUUUCAUUCACCAACACAGUCGUCCAUCACUCCUGAGAAAUCUCCUGCACAUGUUCCUCAGCUGCUCGUGUCUCGUGAAGUUCUCACAGAGAGAGGAUCAGUGGAGCUUCACUGUUCUGUUCCACACAAUGUUAAAGUGUCUCGGUGUUCUUUCUACCCAGAGGGAGACGACACAAAUAUUAAACCCUCUCCAUCUCCAUCAUGUCGGCUCUCAGUCACUGGUUCUGAUCUGAUCAGGUGGACAGGACGCAGCUCUCCUGGAACACUUCGGAUUAUUUGUUUCUAUGUGUUGGAUAACUCUGUUCGUUCUCCUUCUCCUCACUCUCACCCAGCUCCAGUCACAGUGCUGAGGAAGAUCAACAUUACACCGAAUCAGAAACCAAAGCUAAGUCUCAGUCAUCUUAAUCAGUCUGAUGAAUUCAGAUUUUCAUGUGAAAUCCCAGGGUCAGAGUCAGUAACUGCUGAUUUUAGCUGUAAUCUCUACACUGGAGAAAAAACUCAGUUUUUCUCAAACACAUCCUUUCAGAAGAGAGACUCUGGGAAGGCGGUUUGUGUUUUUAUAGCAGAUAGAAAUGAUGUGUUUAAUCGUCUGCAGUCAGUAAAGAGUCGUGAAGUGAGCUGUGAUUAUUCAGUGACCUCUGACCCGACUGCUCGCUCUCCGAUGAGUGAGAAAUACAACAUGACGCAUUUCUUUCCUGAAACACCACAGCGGCCCACAACUAAACCCUCCCCGACUGGUUUUUCUUCUCCCUCAACAACGUCAUCCACAACUAAAGAGAAAACGAGAGCAGAGUCUCAUGGACCAUCAACUCCAACCACAGACAGAAAGAAACCGACUGCAGGAUCUUUGUCGGUGCUGCUGUCAGUCCUCAGUGUCUGUGUUUUACUGGCUGGAAUGAUGAGCGUCUGUCUCUGCAGCUUUAUCAGGAAGCAGACAGCUGAGAGACGCAAAAUGGACUUGACCCAAGGUGAUCAGGAAGGCGUGUUAUCCAUGCACAAGAUGAAGACAUCCGGUUCAGAAGAUCCUGGAACUUAUUCUGUGAUCAGCUCAGUCCCCUCACCGUCCCUGCUUUUCGACAGCAGCUCAGACAGAAAAGAAGAUUCUGUGAAACCAGAGGAUGAUGGCGAGCACGUGUACUAUUCCAUCACUGACACUCAAGUGGGCCCCAAAGAUAAAGGCGCAGUGUACAGCCUGCUGCAGAUGCACUGAUGCACCUUACACAGUUGUAGAGACAGGAAAUGAGCAGGAGAAAGAGGGAUUGGGAAAUGACCUCAGGUCGGAAUCAAACCUGGGUCCCUGGGUUUACGGUAUGGCACCUAAGCCACGACGCCCCCGAGGUUAUCACAAUUUAUCAUUAAACUAUACAUACCUUUUUUCAACUUCUUUCAACUUCAACAUUGAAAUAAAGUUUUUAAAAAAG